AUGGCGGCCGCGGGGGCUGCAGUUCUCCUCUUUCGCCGCCUCACACCGGUGCUGCUGCUUCUGCUGCUGCUGCUGCUGCUCACCAAGUCGCUGCUGCUUACUUUGCUGCUCCUGCGCCUGCUGCUGCGCCUGCUGCUGCGCCUGCUGCUGCGCCUGCUGCUGCUGCUGCUGCUGCUGCUGCUGCUGCUGCUGCUGCUGCUCUUGGUCCUGCUGCUGCGCCUGAUCCUUGCCCUGCUCGCGGCCAGCGGCUGA